UGAUGGGAGUGGCUCUGGCCCUAAACGGAACGCUUUCCCAGGAAUUCGAUAUAGGAAGUGUGUUUCCGGAUCUGCGAUCCUCCACCAAAAACAAGCUUAUACUCGUGUCUUAGUAAUGUGUAGACAACUCUUAUUUGUGUAUUUACUUAUCUGAAGCCCAGUGGGUUAUCAUAAGUUCAGUAAAGGUCGUUGCUAAAAAAAAGACUGUCCGAGAGUCGUGCCUACUCCACCAAGUUACAUUUUCAUUGACACUCCCUUCGAAAUUGACGUGACUAGUGAAGCUGCAGCGGCUUUGGAGCAGAGGAGCUUCCGCUCGUUAAAUCGGGACGGGAGUGGACGGGCUUUUCUUUGCCAGCGACUUUCAUAACUUGUUAACCGUCUUUAUCACCGGCCCGUUAAGCUAGGCUACAGGGCACGAUGUUUUUAUAUAAAGGGAUUUUUGCUUUGGCUUUCUUUAACUUUCUCAACGACAUCCAUGUGUCCGGCUGUGAUACAAACUGUAUGGAUAAACCAAAGUUUACUCCAUCCACCCUGGUGGUGAAGUAUGGUGAUCCAGCAUCUGCCAUCUGCACCGUAUGUGAGCGUGACUGUCUCAACCAGUUAUUUGAUUUAGAGCGUUCUGUGGGAUCCACAACUAAAAACGGAACCACUAUUACAUGGACGAUUGACAGCCUGACCGAAUGGGAUCUAUCUCUCCAAUGCUAUUAUAAUACUGAAUCUGGUGACCAGUGUUGUAGCAUCCUGCCUUUCACUCUCUACAAGCCUCCGGAUAUGGUGUCGUUUAGUUUUAGUGACCACACCGGGCCGCUGUUAGAGUAUACACUCUACACUAUGGAGUGUAAUGUAAAGAAUGUUGCUCCUAUUGACAACGUCACUGCAGUCUUCUACAGAGAUGAUAAUGCAUUUGCCUCGGUUAAGGUCAGAGAUUUAAAGAAUAUUAAACCAAUGGAUUACACCUUUACACAUGAAAUUAUCCCCAAGAGAUAUGAAGAAGGAGCUGUUUACUGGUGUGCUGCAGAGCUUGAUCUGGGAAGUGAAGGACCACAGCCCCCUCCAGAGGUCAUGUCACAGAAGAUGCCUACCACUGUUUACUAUAAGCCUGAGCUGGGCACACGAGGAUUUCCAGAGAUGAAAGACCCUGUUGCAGGACACAAGCUGGAACUGAACUGCACGUGUAUCGGUAACCCCACCCCCUCUUACAACUGGACCCAUCCAUCAGGGAGACCCUCCCCCUUCACAGGCAGUAUCCUCAUUAUUGACUCUGUAACUACUGAAGAUAGUGGCAGGUUCACCUGCAGGGCCAGCAACAGUGUUGGGAGUGUCAGAGUGGAGUUUGAUGUCAAUGUCCGAGCCAACUACAUCAAAUACAUCGUAGUGGGGAUUCUCAUCGGGCUUGUUCUGCUUGUUGUGAUUGCGUAUAUCAUCUACAGGCGCUCACGCCAUCGACAUGCCCCCGUACCGAAUGUAGAGUAAGUGGAUGGGAAAGCUUUUGAUAUGGACCAGUAGCUUUGUUGAAGCAAUAGUGUAAGUGAAGAGGCUCAUCUGUGGCCUAAAGCAACCAUUAACCUCUACUUACACCUCAUUUGAGUGAGAUGAGGACCUUUGCUGUACCCACUUGGUCAUUUCAAGUCGUCUCUCUACUGGUGCUGUCAUUAAAACGCCCAAAGAAGUUUUGAGUCAUCCUGUGUGGCAAUACUGAAAGGAAUUUCUUUCUUUUAUUCUCACAUAUAAACUUAAUUUUCUGUGGAAAUCACUUUUUAAAAAGGGAUGUAUACCGCUUGGAUUGUUUUGUAAAAUUGUGCCUGGUGUUAUAUUCUCUAGCUUUAUGGCUCAUAUUUUUUUGCCCUAUUUUCUGGAUGGUUAUGCUUUAUUUUUAUGUACCAGGCUUUUGUCCUGUUUGAAGUUCUCGGCUAUUUUUGAAUGAAGAAAUCAGAAGCUUACAUGAUUUCAUCUUUCUAAAAUACUCAGUAUCCGUUUAUCUUAGUGUUGCUGAAAGCUUUACAUUCAUUAUGUUGAAAAUUAUUAUUUUUUCAAUCAAAUAAACAUGGUGACAUUAUGAGCAGGGGUGUUCAGACAGCAGCACAAGGGCCAACUUUGUCAUGUGGUCCAUUUUUAAUUUGCCCCAAGCAAAUUUAGAAAAUAAAAUGAAAUAUGGCUUUCAUUGAAGGUUACAGCAAACAAUGGUCACAACUUUCAACAUUAAAAAGUGAAAAUUUGUAUUACUUAUGUGGGAAGUUAUUAUAUUUCCAGGGGUUACACUGUCAAAAUGAUAAUUUCCCAUAUGUAACCCUCAGUGACAAAAGCUUAGGCACCCUCAUGUAAAAAUCCUUGCUGUCAUUUUUUUUAAGGUUAUUUAAGCUGUACAGAUGAUAUGAUGAGAGGUUAGUUGUGCACUGAAUCACAUGCUUCUGCUAAAUACUAAUAUUUUGAGUGUGUAAGAAGUGUUCACACUGAAAAGUUUACUGAAAUACAGUGUACUACUGGUGCACUCAAAACGGUCCACUCUUAAAGACCCUGUAAAGUGAAAUCCAGUUUUUGUCUUAACACUCUAGAUCUGUUGGAAUAUGGUUGCUGUAAACAUGUGAAAACACUGAGAUCUACAUGUGACUUAAUUCUGGAUUUGAACUGUUAGAAAGUUUUUCACUUCUUUCCUGGCUAGGUUUAAUGUAGGCGGGGCUAAUGUGUGGACUGGUGAUGUCAUCACCCCACUGUGGGAAAUGACCCCUCCCCCUAACACUACAAUAUAAAAUUACAGAGCAGUUCAUCUCAGUACAGUCUGUUGUUAGCUGAUGUCACUGCCUUUAUUGAAAGUUAACUGUCAGUUAAAUGCUGUUUUUCUGUUCAUUGUGAGGUAAAUUUGCCAAAUCUAUCAGCCACAGUAGUCUAAGAACCAUUUAAAGCAUCAUAACUGAGAUUUAAGCCAGAAAAAGGACUUUGUGUUUUCUCUGGCACAGAGCCAGGCAGCUGUGCUCUGAUCAUAAGGUCAGUGUAAGGGCAGGGGAUGGGCUAACGGUGAGAGCUUUCCUCCAUUCAGAUUGUAACAUUUUUCAAAACUGAGAGGAUCAUGUUUAUCCUGAGUGGGCGUGGCUUCAGCUCAUUUAACGGACACGCCCAUCCUGGAGCAGAUUUUACUGCCUCAUUUUUCAUGAAUUUAAAGCUUGAUUUUUUUAAGAGAUGUUUUAUUUGAAUGAGAUUUAAACUAGAGGUUUAUGACACAGUGACCUGUCAUACAACAAAACCUAAUUACAGAUUUAUUUUCACUUUACGGGGUCUUUAAUUAACACCAUACUGGUGAGUGAUGUAGCAGAUUUAGUGUGCUAGCUUGCAUUGGCAUCCACUGGCUAGCUAGUGUGCUCCUACCAAUGGUGGCAUAAUUUAAAUAAGCAGAAGGCAUUUAAGGCAAAAUAAGUUAACUCUCUGCGGGAAUUAUGAUAAAUAAAAUACAAGUUAAAUCAAUUUAAUAGGGGGUGACAAUAUAGAUGUCACAUUUUUAUCAGCUCACAUGUUUGCAAUGCGCUGUUAUAAAAGGAGUAGAAGAAGAAAAAAGUGGGAGUUAAAUCAUCAUCAGUGCAGAACGGCAGUGCACAUUUUGGGACAAUAUUACUCUGUUGAGACUAGUGCUGUGUACUGCAUUAAGGUAUGAGACUAGUGCUCUGUACAGCAUUAAGGUAUACUUCAGUAACUGAGACCAACAGAAGUAUUUGAACUCUUUAUUUUAUAUACAUAUAUAUAUAUAUAUAUAUAGAUUCUUGCUGUUUUGUUUCCGCUGUAUCACUGAGAAGGACCUGACUCGGAAAGACCCUUUAAUUUGAGCUUGUAAUUAUGUGGAAUUAUAUAUUGUAGGCUUGUUCUAACCCACAGCUACCUAUUGAGCAUGCAUGCCUUGUAUUUAUCUGUGUACGUGUGUGUUUAUUUUGUGUUGAACUGUUACUGUGUUGAUGAUGUGCGAGCAACAUGGCACUGAAAAGAAUCCAUACAAGCAAAAUAUGUAUUAUACUAAGGUGCAAAAUGUAAAGUGUAAAUUUGAAUGAAUAAAACACUUUGUAAAACAACA